AUGGAUGGGUGCUACCCCUCGGCAGGAGGAGCUGGGAAUGCCACACACAGCGGCUCAUGUCACACGCUCAAUGCCACCAGCUGGGCAGGACAAAGCCACUCCCCGCUGUCCCUGCGGGCGGUGGCAGCCGCCUGCCUGUCCCUCCUCAUCCUCUCCACGCUGCUGGGGAACGCUCUGGUGUGCGCGGCCGUGCUCCGCUUCCCGCUCCUGCGCUCCAGGGUCACCAAUCUCUUCGUGCUCUCCUUGGCCGUGUCCGACCUGCUGGUGGCCGUGCUGGUGAUGCCCUGGAGAGCUGCCACCGACGUGCUGGGCUUCUGGCCCUUCGGGGCUUUCUGUGACCUGUGGGUGGCUUUUGACAUCAUGUGCUGCACGGCCUCCAUCCUGCACCUGUGCCUCAUCAGCGUCGAGCGCUACUGGGCCAUCGCCAGCCCCUUUGGCUACCGGAGGAGGGUGACACAGCGCGUGGCCUUGGUCGCCAUCGGGGUGGCUUGGCUGCUGUCCCUCCUCAUCUCCUUCAUCCCCGUGCAGCUGCAGUGGCACAAGGACCGGGAGCCGCCCGGCCGAGAGCAGCUGGGAUUGAAUGGCUCGGCGGAGGAGGAGAGCUGUGAUUCCAGCCUCGGCGGGACCUACGCCAUCUCCUCGUCCCUCAUCAGCUUCUACAUCCCCGUGGCCAUCAUGCUGGCCACCUACGGGCACCUCUUCCGCAUCGCCCGGCGCCAGCUCCGCAGGAUCUCCUCCCUGGAGAGACCCGGACACGCCUGGAGCUGCCUGGGCAGCGGCGACUGCCCUGGGGAAACCUCCCUGAAAAACUCCCUCAAGAAGGAGACCAAGGUGCUGCAGACCCUCUCCGUCAUCAUGGGCGUCUUCGUGUGCUGCUGGCUGCCCUUCUUCAUCCUCAACUGCCUGCUGCCCUUCUGUGACCCUGAGCUGCGCGUCCCGUGCGUCAGCGGGGCCGUGCUCAGCACCUUCACCUGGCUGGGCUGGGCCAACUCUGCCCUCAAUCCCGUCAUCUACGCCUUCAACGCGGAAUUCCGCCGGGCUUUCGCCUCCUUGCUGGGCUGGGGUUGCCUCUGUCCCGGCAGCGCCGUGGAGAGGGUGACGUUCAGCAGGGAGCUGGUGUCCUUCCACCCCGACACCACCCAGCACACCCUCAGCCGCCCCCACGCCCUGCUGCAGCUGGAAAACCACGAGGUGGCCUCGGAGAGGGCUUCUCCAGGCUCCUCUCCCCCUCCUGAACCCUUUCCCGAGUGUGGAACCCGUGUCUGGAUGGGGAGGAUUCCCCAGCUGGCCAGCAACGCCUUCCCUGGAGCCUGGGGUGGGAAAAGAGUGGUGGGGAGGUCUCCAGCAGAGAGGGAAAUUGGGAUGUUCCUGUCACUGCCUGUUCUGUGGGGAGCUGAGGAUGAUGAGGGUGUUCCACUCUGCAUCACCGACUGUGGAAUGGCCACACUGGUUUUUUGGGUGUCUCCAGCUGUGUUUUUGUAA